AUGAGCAAGAGCUAUGAACCCAACGGGCCCAAAGAACCCUUGGACCUGGAGGGCCGUAUUUUUAGGCAUGCUCAGACAGAAAACCAAUUUGACGACGGUGUCCAAACCGCACCAACCCUCGAUGGUAUGGUCACUCUGAACACUUCGCCAAACACCAGAAGAAGGUACAGCAUGAGUGUCAAGAUUGCGGCAACAGAUCACACGCGCCGGCAAUUUGCGAACACAUAUCAUCAAGUCCCACAUGUGGGCUGGGCGAGCACAGUCUUGCUCACCUGCUCUGGUAUGUGUAGGUAUGCCCUCGGUCGCCAGUCUCAUGAAGAUAGUGGUCACAUCAAUGGGGUCUUUGACCCAACCGUUGACAAAGCCGUGAACUUGAUAGACUCGGAAAUGACUGUGGCCAGGGAACUGACAGAGGACUUCGUGACGGUCAUCGUGGCUGGAGUGGGAACAGGGUCCAAUAUCCUGCAAGCGACAGGCACGGUACCUGAUCCUUCAUCCUCGACAGACCAUUUACAUGCCGCAAGGCACGAUCCGCUAAUUCUUCCGCGAGCAGAGCGACCCGCCCCUGAUCACAGACUUGACGAGAUCGCCGAAGAUGGUGAAGACGAGGAAAAGGAACAGGCUUUAAGCUUAAACUAUAUCAUUACAGAAGGACUUGUCGUGGCAGAUGCAAGGCCUGCGUAUCGGCAUGAUCUAUCAAAGUUUGUCGAGGUGUCAAUUUAUGGCCUGCGCUCAGCAAGUCAGCUGCAGAAGAGAGAGCAGCAAAAGAGAAGGCUGCAAGACAUCAAAGUAUGGAUUCGCCGUAAGGGAGAUACCAUGAGACUAUGGGCUGUUACUAGAAAACAUUGGAAUUCCUGCGAAGUCUCACUAUCACGAGACGUCAAAGCCUCCAAACCCGGAUCUCCCAGGAUCGCAAGUCAGUCUCAACUCUGCAAAUCACAUAAAACGCUACAUGCAUAUCUAUGUCAGCAAAUUGGCUUCCUACAGAUCCGAAAACUGCAGUUCCCUCACUUUCUUGUGACGCUCGUUUUUGCCACAAGCUCCCAGGGUAUUUAG